GGCCGGUGGCGCAGGCGUGAUUGUUUUGCAGCCGCGCGUUUGAAUUGCAGAGGAGGGGAGCCCUGCAGUGGCCAUGGGGCUGAAAAGUACCCAGAAGGCCUUAUUCCCUUUGCGCUCCGUCUCCGACGUGGUGCGCCUCUUCGAACUGGAACUCCACCGGGAGCAGCCGGAUCUGGUACUCCUUUCUCUGGUGUUGGGCUUCGUGGAGCACUUCCUGGCCGUCAACCGAGUUCUUCCCACCAACGUUCCCGGCAUCAGCUUCGAGCCGGCUCAGGGCCCCGAAAGCCUCACCUACUUCCCCGUGGCUGACUUGAGCAUCGUGGGCGCCCUGCAUGCCCGCUUCACCGCCCAGAUCCGAGGUGCCGUAGAUCUCUCGCUCUACCCCCGGCCGGAUGGUUACUCCUCCCGGGAACUGGUCAAGAAAGUCUCGGACGUUAUCUGGAACAGCCUGAGCCGUUCUUAUUUCAAGGACCGAGCCCACAUCCAGUCGCUGUUCAGCUUCAUCACAGGUACCAAGUUGGACAGUUCUGGGGUGGCCUUUGCGGUGGUCGGCGCAUGCCAGGCCCUGGGGCUCUAUGAUGUGCACCUGGCACUCUCGGAAGAUCACGCGUGGGUCGUGUUUGGGAAAGACGGGGAGCAGACGGCCGAGGUCACGUGGCACGGGAAAGGCAAUGAGGACCGGCGUGGGCAGACGGUCAACUCGGGCGUGGCCGAGCGGAGCUGGCUCUACCUGAAGGGCUCCUACCUGCGUUGCACUCGGCAAAUGGAAGUUGCUUUCAUGGUCUGUGCCAUCAACCCCUCCAUUGACCUGCACUCCGACAGCCUGGAGUUGUUGCAGCUCCAGCAGAUGGGUGGACUUCAAGACAUGCACCAUUUGGAGAGGUAUCCCAUGGCUUUGGGGAAUCUGGCUGAUCUCGAAGAACUCGAACCCACCCCGGGCCGUCCUGACCCUCUCUUCAUCUACCACCAGGGGAUCAACUCAGCCAAGCAAUAUUACAACAACGAGCACAUUUACCCGUACAUCUACCUGGCCAGCUAUCACUGCCGUAACAAAAAUGUCAAGGAAGCCCUGGAGGCGUGGGCUGACUCGGCUACCGUCAUUCAAGAUUACAACUACUGCCGAGAGGAUGAAGAGAUUUAUAAGGAAUUCUUUGACGUGGCCAAUGACGUCGUUCCCAAUUUGCUCAAGGAAGUGGCCAGCCUUGCGGACUCUAUAGAAGAGAAGGGAGCUGGGGAAAGAGGAGAGGCUUCGCCAUCUCAAACGGGAGGCUCGGCGUUGCAGGACCCCGAGUGCUUCGUCCACCUCCUGCGCUUCUACGACGGCAUCUGCAAGUGGGAAGAGGGCAGCCCCACGCCCGUCCUUCACGUGGGCUGGGCCACCUUCCUGGUCCAGUCCCUCAGCCGCUUCGAUGGGACGGUGCGGCAAAAGGUGACGCUGGUGAGCCGGGACCUGGAUGCGAACGACGACGACGACCAAGGCAGUGAGGAUCCCCGGGAAGGCCGGCGGCGGGGUCCUCGCCGAGAAUCCAAGCCAGAAGAGCCUCCUCUGGCCAAGAAGGCCACAGAACGUCGACGUCCAAGCACCACCCAGCGAUCCGAGAGGCCGCUUCCGGAGAAGGAAGAGGGUCUCAGCAGCAGCUCCAGCCCCCGCCCCGAAGGCCUCAUCCUCACUUUCCAGAGUGAGAAAAUGAAAGGCAUGAAGGAACUCCUGGUAGCGGCCAAGAUCAACUCCAGCGCCAUCAAACUGCAGCUCACGGCCCAGUCGCAGGUCCAGCUGAAAAAGCAGAAGGUUUCCGCUCCUCGGACAUACGCCCUGUCCUUCCUCAAGCGACCACGGAAGUCCCUCUGAUCCCCGAGCGAAGCCGGACGAGAAAAACUUUCUGAUUUCUUGGCAAAAGUUUGCUCGAGUUCUCUCUUCCUCCAGUUUUCCUCUGGCCAACAUUUUGAGAAGACCUGAUGAUCAUCUUCAGCUCUUGGCUGGUUGGCUCAGAAAUUCUGCUUUUAAAGGUGGAUUUUGACUCCUGUCAGGAAGAGCUUAAUUUGGACGGAUCCGGAGAUAAAACACAACAGCCUGGAGGUUGGGUAGCGUUAGGGACAAAAAAAAACCCCGGAGACUUGAAAUGAGAUUGAACUGUGCAAAAGGACUUGUUGAACAUUUUUUUUUUAACCUCUCUCUCUUAGUCUCCUGUUUGCAAACGGGACGUGGGAUAAUUCCGUGUUUCUCAUGACCAGGCGGGUAUAAAUCUUUUUUUUAACUGAACGACUGAUGAUCCUAACACGGCUGAAUAUCAAAAGAUUUGUUAUUUAAAAAACAAACAUGUGUGGUAUUAAUGUCGUAACACACCAGCGACCGGUUUGUUGAAGGCAUAAAAGCAAGAACAAGACGGAACUAAUAGGGAUGCACAGACAAAUCGUCCCGAGUGACGGCUAACAAUUAAAAAAAAUUUUUUUUUAAAAAAAAUCCAGGUGUGAUCAUCCCAUGAAGAUUAUCUUUUAUGAUAAAAGAAAUAUUUCCACAAGAUCUGAGCCGGAGGUUUGGUUCUGCGCUUGUAUUAGGAGUUUGAAGAAUUUUUCGUAGACGUUUGCGGAGACAGAAUUAAUAAAUUUUAAGGUUCUCUUUUGUUAUAGAAAGGAAAA